AUAGCAUUCACACAUAAGAAAACUCGUAUCUCCUCGUAGUUUUAUUCACACUGAAGUCGGUUAGGACACUGUAAGGUCGGCGGUAAACUGCAGCAGCGACUACCCGGGAGUAGACCUCAUGAACAACAACAACAACAACAACAACAGCGGUAGCCACGGCAACGGAUGUGGUGUCCCGAGGACCAACUUCACCACCAAACAACUGACCGAGCUCGAGAAAGAGUUCCACUUCAACAAGUACCUGACGCGCGCCCGGCGGGUGGAGAUCGCGACCGCGCUGCAGCUGAACGAGUCCCAGGUCAAAAUCUGGUUCCAGAACCGACGCAUGAAGCAGAAGAAGCGAGAGAAAGAGGGCCUGAUGUGCGGGUCAACACUCUCCUCUUCACCCUCCUCCUCUUCGUCCUCCAGCGGCCAGGAGGACCCCCCCUCGGAUAAAUCUGACAACAGCGCGUCUGGGACCCCUUCCCCCCAGCCUCCCAGCUCCAGACCCGAAGUCACAGCUCCUACACCGCUCCCUUUAUUUAUGGGAUCCGACAGUGUUUUACAUCAAAGGCAGAGACAGGGACCGCACGGACGAUUCUGCGACCGGGAGAGAGCAAGGUGGAUGUGAGAGAUAGGAUAGCCGCCAGUGUGAACCGGGACAGGGCGGGUAUUACAAUGAACUCUCUGCCGUCAAUACAAGCGUGUCAGAGACAGCGCAGGUGCGUAAAAUCAUCGGAAAAACAAGAACACGUUCCGUUUCUCGUAGCUGAUAGAUCUCGAGGCUUCUUCCAAUCGGCAUUCAUGCAACAAGGUUAAUCUCUGGCAAUCAGCGCUGCCACGCUGCUCGUAACGGGAUUAUUAAGAGACCCUGCACACCUUGUCAACGGGGCUGGGCGUGGCCCCGGUGAUAGACUAUUUGAAUGAAAACGCCACACUCACAGAACGCUGAUCUGACUCGUGGUUCUUUUAGGCUUUCUGGAUACCAGAA